GUCCCUGCGGUUUACAGUCUCCCUGGGGAUCGCGGGUCGCCUGUAUUUAAGGGUGCCACGUUGCUCAGCCGCCGUUAUUUCGCGCUCUGAGCUACACCGUGGGCGGUUUUCUAAGGACGGCCGCCGGGGGACCCGGGAAACCUAGAGAUGGACUCAGUGGCCUUUGAGGAUGUGACUGUGAACUUCACCCUGGAGGAGUGGGCUCUUCUGAAUCCAUCCCAGAAGAAACUCUACAGAGACGUGAUGCAGGAAACCUUCCGGAACCUGGCCUCAAUAGGAGACAAAUGGGAAGAUCGUAACAGUAAAAGUCUGUGUGAACAUGAGACAGACCUAAGCAGGCGUGUGGUAGAGAGUCCCCAGCAAGGGAAAGGAGGGAGUCGGUGCGGAGACCCCUUCACGCGGAAUCCGAAUCCUAAGCAGACAAAGAACACCUCCCCGGGCCUCAAGCUCCGGAAAUGCAGCUUCUGCGGACAGGUGUUCAGGCAUCACUCCUCCUUCAGCCGACACCUGCUGUCCCACACGGGCCACAAAGUGUACGAGUACCAGGAAGGCGACGAGAAGCCCUACAAGUGCAAGGAGUGUGGCAAGGCCUUCAGGCACCGCCAGUCCAUCCGCGUGCACGUCCGGACUCACACGGGCGAGAAACCCUACCAGUGCAGGCACUGCGGGAAAGCCUUCAAGCACUGCCAGUCCAUCCGGAAGCACGAGCGGAUCCACACGGGGGAAAAGCCCUACGCGUGCGCAGUGUGCGGAGAGGCCUUCCGGUACCGCCACAACUUCCGGAAGCACGAGCGGACGCACACCGGGGAGCAGCCGUUCCGGUGCAGGCACUGCGGCAAGGCCCUCAGUUGCCUCAGCUACUGCCGGGUCCACGAGCGGACGCACACGGGCGAGAAGCCGUACGCGUGCAAGCAGUGCGGCAAAGCCUUCAGUUACGCCAGCUACAUCCGGGUCCACGAGCGGACGCACACGGGCGAGAAGCCGUACACGUGCGCGACGUGUGGGAAGGCCUUCAGCUGCCCAAACUACUUCCGGAAGCACGAGAAAACGCACAGCGGGGAGAAGCCGUACGAGUGCAAGCAGUGCGGCAAAGGCUUCAGCUGCGCCAGGUCCUUCCGCAGCCACGAAAAGAGACACCGGGGCGAGAAGCCGUUCGAGUGUAAGGUUUGCGGGAAGAGCUACAGCUGCCCCGUGUACUUCCGGAACCACCAGCGGAGACACAGCGGGGAGAGGCCGCACGAGUGCAAAAUCUGCGGGAAGUCCUUCAGCUGCCCCAAGUACUUUCGGAAGCACGUGCGAAGUCACGCGGGGGAGGAGCCCUGCGAGUGGACCGAGUGUGACCCUCCGGCGAGUCCUCUCGCGAUAGUUCAGAGACCCGCGAUGGCGCCGGCCGGAAGUGGGCCUUACAAGUGUAAGGAGUGCGGCAAAGUCUUUGACUGUCCUAAUUACUUUCGCUGUCAUGAAAAGAUCCACAGUGGUGAGAAGCCAUAUGGGUGUAAGGAGUGCGGCAAGGCCUUCGGGUCUUCCAUGUCCCUUCAAAACCACGAAAGAAGUCACAGUCGGAAAAAGCCUCAUGAAUGUAAGGAAUGCGGCAAAGCCUUCAGUUUUCCCUGUUCCCUCCAGAAACACGAAAGGAGUCACACGGGGGAGAAGCCCUAUGAAUGUAAGCAGUGCGGGAAAGCCUUCACUUACCUCAGUUCUAUGCAAAAACACGAAAGAACUCAUAGUGGAGAGAAACCGUAUGAAUGUAAGCAGUGUGGGAAAGCCUUCAUUUACCUCAGUUCUAUGCAAAAACACGAAAGAACUCAUACUGGGGAGAAGCCCUAUGAAUGCAAGCAGUGUGGGAAAGCCUUCAUCACUCUCUCAAACGUUCAAAGGCACAUGAUAAAGCACACUGGAGAUGGACCCUGUAAAUGUAAGGAAUGUGGGAAGGCCUUCGAUUGCCCUAGUUCCUUGCGAACACAUGAGCGGACUCACACCGGGGAGAAACCCUAUCAGUGUAAACACUGUAGUAAAGCCUUUACUCGCUCCACUUCUUUACGGAACCAUGAAAGAACUCAUAAUGGAGCAUAGGCGUAUGAAUGUAAGGAAUGUGGGAAAUAACUUCAGUUCCAGUUCUUUCUGAAUACAGGAGAUCAUUCACAGUGGAGAAACACCCUGUGUCCACAAUUGGGAUGCGCUGUUGGAUGAUGACGUGUUAUCCUCAAAAACAAACUGCCAACUAUUUUACCAGCAAAAUUGGGAUUUGCAGGAAUAACAGAGAACCCGCAGUUCCGGACAAGGUGGCCACACGUGGCCAUCGGCAGUUCUGGAGGACAGAGGAGAGGAAUGCUCUCCUAUAAAAGAAAGCAGCGGACUUGGGAGGGGCUGUUAUGAAUAAAAGUUUGAUUAGAGCACGCUGGGGUUCAGAACACAGCGGCUUUUCGUUGGCCGAA